UAUUUUUUUAUUAUGACAAACUUCAAACAUACACAAAGGUAGAGAGAUUAGUAAAAAAAAAAAAAAAAUCCAUAAUUCUUCUCCCCCUCCAAGUGCCCAUGACCCAGAAUAAGAGUUCCAUAAACAUUAUUGCUUUGCUUUUUUCUUUGUACCCUCCAGGCUCCAACACUUCUGUUCCCUGCCACUCAAGCGCCAUGAGGGGCCUUCUGUGCUCACCACUGCUCAUGUUGCUGCUUUUUCUCCAGCCCUGGGCAACCCAGCUCCAGUUUGCAGGUCCCAGGUGCCGGACGGGACCCCUGGAUUUGGUGUUCGUGAUUGACAGCUCGCGCAGCGUGCGCCCCUUUGAGUUCGAGACCAUGCGGCAGUUCCUGGUGGGCCUGCUCCGCGGCCUGGACGUGGGGCCCAAUGCCACGCGCGUCGGCGUGAUCCAGUACUCGAGUCAAGUGCAGAGCGUCUUCCCACUCGGCGCCUUCUCGCGACGCGAGGACAUGGAGCGCGCCAUCCGAGCGCUGGUGCCGCUAGCUCAGGGCACCAUGACCGGGCUGGCAAUCCAGUACGCCAUGAACGUGGCCUUCAGUGUGGCCGAGGGCGCGCGCCCGCCGGAGGCGCGCGUACCGCGCGUCGCUGUCAUCGUGACCGACGGGCGGCCCCAGGAUCGCGUGGCUGAGGUGGCGGCGCAGGCGCGCGCCAGGGGCAUCGAGAUCUACGCGGUGGGUGUGCAGCGCGCCGACGUGGGCUCCCUGCGGGCCAUGGCGUCUCCCCCGCUGGACGAGCACGUCUUCCUCGUUGAGUCCUUCGAUCUUAUCCAGGAGUUUGGCCUGCAGUUCCAGGGCCGACUGUGUGGAAAGGAUCUGUGUGCUGAGGGGGGACAUGGCUGCCAGCACCAAUGUGUCAGCACCCCGGGCACGUUCCACUGUGCCUGCAACCCUGGCUACCAGCUAGCUGCCGAUAACAAGAGCUGUUUGGUCGUUGACCACUGCAGCUUUGGGAACCACAGCUGCCAGCACGAGUGUGUUAGCACCUUUGGUGGGCCACGGUGCUACUGCAGAGAGGGCCACGACUUGCUGCCUGAUGGGAGGAGCUGUCAGGCCCGGGACCUCUGCAAUGGUGUAGACCAUGGAUGCGAGUUCCAGUGUGUGAGCGAGGGCCUCUCUUACCGCUGCCUGUGCCCCGAGGGCCAGCAACUCCAGGCAGAUGGCAAGAGCUGCAACCGGUGCCGGGAAGGCCACGUCGACCUGGUUCUGCUCGUCGAUGGCUCCAAGAGCGUGCGCCCGCAGAAUUUCGAGCUGGUGAAGCGCUUCGUGAACCAGAUCGUGGACUUCCUGGACGUGUCCCCCGAGGGCACGCGCGUGGGGCUGGUGCAGUUCUCGAGCCGCGUGCGCACCGAGUUCCCGCUGGGCCGCUACGGCACCGCGGCCGAGGUCAAGCAGGCGGUCCUGGCAGUGGAAUACAUGGAGCGCGGCACCAUGACGGGGCUGGCGCUGCGUCACAUGGUGGAGCACAGCUUCUCCGAGGCGCAGGGCGCACGGCCCCGCGCCCUCAACGUGCCUCGCGUGGGUCUGGUCUUCACCGACGGCCGCUCCCAAGAUGACAUCUCGGUGUGGGCCGCAAGGGCCAAGGAGGAAGGCAUCGUCAUGUACGCUGUGGGCGUGGGCAAGGCGGUGGAGGAGGAGCUCCGGCAGAUCGCCUCGGAGCCGGCAGAGCUGCACGUGUCCUACUCCCCCGACUUUGGCACCAUGACGCACCUGCUGGACAACCUCAGAGGCAGCAUCUGCCCGGAGGAGGGCAUCGGCGCGGGCACAGAGCUUCAAAGUCCCUGCGAAUGCGAAAACCUCGUGGAGUUCCAGGGCCGCACGCUGGGGGCGCUCGAGAAGCUGACGCAGAACCUGGCCCAGCUGACGGCGCGCCUGGAGAAUCUGGAGAACCAGCUGGCCACCCAGAAGUGAGGGCCGUCGGUGGCUGGGAGCCGGGCAGGAGCGCGGCCCCGCGGACUGUGCCUUCGGGGCGCCGUCGGGGCACCGGGGGGAGCCCCCAGGACUUGGGCUGUCGAGAAGGGGGCGCUGGCGGGCUCUCCGGA